UUUCCCUCCUCUCCCUCCGGCGAGGUUCAAUCGGUAAUAGAGAAAUGAGAGGACUGUCGCCGUCUGGAAUCAGAAGAUCGCUCUCAGCGCUGAGGAGUACGAGACGGCGAGAUUUUCAGCAUUCAAUUCUGUGUUGUUCUUUCUGUACUGGCGAUGAUAAUUACGACGGUAGGAUCGGCGAUGGAACGCAGACCUCGAAGGUUAAGGUUUUUGAUCGUGAUCUUAAGCGUAAACAGGUUUGUAGAGGAGUAUUUGGAGAUAUUUGGAGAAAGUAUGGUGAAAUUGUGAAGAUAAUUUGUAAUGUUCAUCUGUUCAAAGGGAAAUUCUGGGAGUAUGAUUGUUUUUCGCGAUGGGGAUUGACAAUUCACUGUUUCAUAUGUUCAGUUGAAAAGCUGAUCAUGAUGGAUGCAUCACAUGACAUGAUAAUGUCAUGCAAAGAUGAUACAGGUGCACACGAUCAGGACGUUGAAACGUCUUUUAUUAUCGGUGACGAAGAGUUUCUACCGAUACAAGAAAGUUCAGUAGAUCUAAUUGUAAGUUGCUUGGGUCUUCACUGGACAAAUGAUCUUCCUGGAGCCAUGAUUCAGAGUAGAUUGGCACUGAAGCCAGAUGGGCUAUUUUUAGCAGCUAUCUUUGGAGGAGAAACCUUAAGGGAACUGAGAAUUGCAUGUACUCUUGCACACAUGGAGCGUGAAGGAGGCAUCAGUCCACGAGUAUCACCAUUGGCACAAGUGAGAGAUGCAGGCAACCUUUUGACAAGAGCUGGUUUUACCUUGCCUGGUGUUGACGUUGAUGAGUAUGUCGUUCGCUAUCCAAGUGCACUGGAGUUGGUGGAACACUUGCGUGCAAUGGGCGAAACAAAUGCUCUUCUACAAAGGAAUCCUAUCCUGAAGAGAGAAACAGCCCUUGCAACAGCAGCUAUUUACGAUUCCAUGUUUGCUGCAGAAGAUGGAACCAUUCCUGCAACUUUCCAGGUGAUCUACAUGACAGGAUGGAAGGAACAUUCUUCUCAACAGAAGGCCAAAAGAAGGGGAUCUGCAACCAUCUCCUUCAGUGACAUCAAAAAACAAUUUGGAAACGACCAUUGAUGUUUGUCUCUCUAUUUUGGCGGAGUACAAUAAAACACGGAGCGGAGUCUAGAGAUUUGAACCUCCGAUCUAAAGAAAAUUAGUCUCUACGGCUGAAUUAUAUUUAUAUUGAUAGUUUUGAUGGACAAAAAAAAAAAUUGGAUUUGGUUGAAUUUUUGGAAAAUGGA